AUCGCCCAGCGCGGAGGGGUGGGCACCCCACGCUGGGCCCAGCCGAGUGACCCUCCGUCCAUCGAUCGGUGCGUGAGUCCCGGAGCUGCCGCCAUGACCUGGAGCGCCACCGCGCGGGGCGCCCAGCAGCCCGACAACACCGCGUUCACGCAGCAGCGCCUCCCCGCCUGGCAGCCGCUGCUGUCGGCCGGAAUCACGCUGCCGCUCUUUUUCUGCGUGGGCCUGGCCUUCAUCGGCCUGGGCCUGGGCCUCUACUACUCCUCCAACGCUAUCAAGGAGCUCGAGUAUGACUACACCGGCUACCCCGGGACCAGCAACUGCACGGUGUGCGCCAAGGCCGGAGAGGGCCGCGCGCCGCCGCCCAAGUGCUCCUGUGCCUGGUACUUUACGCUGCCGGAACUCUUCCAUGGCCCCGUGUAUCUCUACUACGAGCUCACCAACUUUUACCAGAACAACCGGCGCUACGGCGUGUCGCGCGACAACGCCCAGCUGAGUGGGAUGGUCAGCGCGUUGCGCCACCCGGUCAACGAGUGCGCCCCCUACCAGUUCAGCUCUGCCGGGCUGCCCAUUGCGCCCUGCGGGGCCAUCGCCAACAGCCUCUUCAAUGACUCCUUCUCUCUGUGGCACCAGCGCUGGCCCGGCGGGCCCUACGUGGAGGUGCCACUGGACCGCACCGGCAUCGCCUGGUGGACCGAUUACCACGUCAAGUUCCACAACCCGCCCCUGGUGAACGGCAGCCUGGCGCUGGCCUUUCGCGGCACCGCGCCUCCGCCCAAUUGGCACAAGCCGGUAUACGAGCUCAGCCCCGACAUCAACAACACCGGCUUCAUCAACCAGGACUUUGUGGUGUGGAUGCGCACCGCGGCGCUGCCCACGUUCCGCAAGCUGUACGCGCGCAUCCGCCAGGGCAAUUAUUCGGCCGGGCUGCCGCGAGGGUCCUACCGGGUUGACAUCGCCUACAACUACCCGGUGUGCUCCUUUGGUGGCCAGAAACGCAUCAUCUUCAGCAGCAUCGCGUGGAUGGGAGGCAAGAACCCUUUUCUGGGCAUCGCCUACCUGGUUGUUGGCUCCCUCUGCAUCCUUAUGGGUUUUGUCAUGCUGGUCGUCUACAUUCGCUACCAGGACCAGAACGUCGAGGAGGAGGACGAGGAGUGAUUGCCGCUUUCCUGCAACCUUCCUGCUGUCCAAAUUCCAAGAGUAUCCCUCGUUCCCUGGUGGUUGUGGAUAAGGGGACCAGAGAAAGGAAUUCUUACACUCAAUCGGGGUAUUUGCUUGGGUAUUUGGACUGUAGAGGGAAACAUCUUUAUAAAUUUUCCCCAUCAUCUCUUCAUGACUUAACCAAGUGGACAUAUUAGGUUCCUAAAGGCCCUAGCAUUUGAGAGCAGAAGGAGCGGUAGAGAUUUAACCAACCCUUAUCUGAAGAACAGGCUGAGACCUAAAGAUACUAAAAAUCGCUUUCGAUUAUGACUGUCAGUCAUCGAACUUGAGAACUAUUACCACUACAGUACAGCUAUUUUCUUUUCUUUGGAGGGGAGGAAAGGGCUGAGCAUGGCAGAAAGAAGUCCACAAGUAGCCUGAAGCUAUAUGGAGGGGUGGGGGAGGACAUACUUGUUUAAAACAGACUAGCAGGCAUCAGUCCCAGCCAUUCGGACACAGAAAAAAUGUCUGGAUCGAGACCUUCAAGUUGCAUUUAACCAUCUGGAGACCCCACCGAUAUUCCCAUCAAUUUGUGAAUCACAGCUCUGAACUAAGGAGCACCGUAUUUUAGGCUAUGAAAAUAUGAUCAAUAUAUGUAUGUGGAGUAACUUUUAUUUAGUAUGCAUGUUUGGUUGACAGCCCAACCGUUCUUCAUGUUGCAUGAAAGAAUUCACUGAUUUUUUUUUAUUGUGUACUUGAGAGCAACCAUAUAUUCUGUCAUUUAUACAGUAUUUAGGCCACUGCUGUAAGACUUUAAAUGAGACUGUAACCUCUAAGGUAUUCUGAUUAAAUCAGUAAAUAUGGUUCCAGGCCCUAUUCUCUGCAUUUUUGAAAGAGAAUAAAGGUUGUGUUUGUCUUA